UUGAUAGACAUGGGACCAGCAGAGCUUACCUUUACCAAAGCGCAGCUUGAAAAGGCCCGCUCCAAACGCAUUACGAACAUAACAGUCACCUUGGUGGUCCUUGGUUUGCUUAUCAUCCUUUCCUUGGCUGUGUUUGCGCUUGGGCUAACAUUUGUAGUCGUAGGUGUAACUUGGGGAUUGUUUGAUGAAGGUGAUGAUUCGAGCAAGACGAAUGUGUAUGAGUCGAAUAUGCUCAAAGCUGGUAUCCCCCUCCUUAUCCUCGGGUUUCUUUUCGCAAUACUGUUUUCGGUUUGGACACGAAGGUGCGUUGUGUUCCGCCGGAAGCUCCGUGCACUUGAUACUCCACCAGAGUUCAUUCUAUCGAAGGAGGCUAAGAGGAUCUUGCUGACAGAAGGCAGCACAGCAGAGAACUACACUGUCGUGGUAAUUCCAGAUACUGCACCUGCGGAUAGCACACAUUGAAGGUCUCCUUGAUGACAAAUACACAACAAAUAAAUGUCAGUUCUC